AUGUCCCUUCAUGAUACCCGGGACCCCAAUGUUCAGAUGGAUACAAGCCCUCUCCAAUCGCCUUCGAAUACCCUUUCUCUAGGCUAUUCAGUACUCGUUCCUUCCCGUCCUGAGGAUCCUCACAUACAAAAUACCAUGUCUCAUUCAUCGCGUGACGCUGUUCCCAUCUUCCAACGACCGGUCGACCCUAACGCUCUCCACCUCUCUAUUUCAGAUAAUUCAUCCAAUUCUGCUGGAAUGCUUUCAAUGGAAGCUCUUGAUACACCUAGGUCAUCUCGUGCACCCGCACCUGGCUUUAUUUCUGAUUUUCAAAAUAUUUCAUUCGGCGUACUAUCGCGGAUGGAUAGCCAUCUUGCCACCGUUCAUUCCCCACAAAGCGCGAGCUCAGGUUCCAGCGGUCCUUCAUCUGCCGUACAUGGAGUGUCGUCUGCAUAUACCAUGUCUACGUCGUCCAUCAUGCCUAGUGGACAGACUAUGAUUUCAUCUCUGCAUGCUGGGGCGUUGGAUUCUUCUGGGUCUCCGGGGGCUUUGGCUAGUUCAGCUUCUGAGCUGGCGUUUCCCCCUUUAAACAAUGGUCCAUCACAGUCGACACAGGACUCAGGUUUUAGCUUCCCGCCCCAAGACGUGCCUGAUUCUCAGUUCAGUGGCCGCGAUAGCUCGCCAGAGACACCCGGCGACUCCCAAUUACUAGUCGUCGGAGACAUGCUCAAAACUAUUGCGCAUACCGCGCAAUCAGCAAGUACAGCAUGUUCACGUGGCCAGGGUCUUGAAGCCAACGUCAGGAUCGACGAAAUCAAGAAGACUAUCACUCUGGUCUCCGAGCUUAUUGCUGCCACUAAAAUCGCGGAUACUCCAGCUGUAUCGCGUAACCCUUCACCGCGACGCUUUUCUGCGUUGGGCCCCAAGUCCAGCGUUUCCCCGCCCAUACAUGGCGCAGUUCCUCUAACACAGGAACAAUUGGUCCCGGGGAUGCACUUUUCCUCUGUAUCAGACAUAGGUACUAUGGAUGGUCAAAGUAAUGGUGAUAUUUCAGACAUGUCUCGGAAACGCUGUGCUUCGUCGAUGGCUGGAGACCCGCCUCCUUCAUCUACGGAAUUCAUAUCAACGUCGCCGCUAUCGACUACCAUGCCUCAUUCUGCUCAUUUCCCCCCUCACCCCACCGUCCGGACCUCGUGGUCGGAUGGUGCUGCAACGUUACCUCAUCGCAGUCAUCAGCAUUCACUUUCGGGAAGUUCCCUCAACGCCGGCAUCAAUUUUCAUUCGAUACCCACCACUGGCUCGUCGCUCGGACCACUCCCAUUUUCAACCACCGGAACAUUCCCUUCAUCAUCUUCACAGCCACAUUCUCUCACGAAUACCGGUACAGGCAUUACCCCGCCGAUUGGUAGAGUUUCACGAUCCGGCUCUUUCACGACUAGCAAUGUAAAUCCAUUCGCGUAUGGAAUAUCCGAGGUAACGCCCUCCAAUGUCCUUGACUUUUUGCAUUCAGCACCUACUGCGCAAUCAUAUGGGCCGCAUAGUCCAACUUCGUCUCAUGAAGGAGAAUUAGACGAGUCCGAUGUUGCUUCACAUUCACACAGCCCCCCUGAGUCCUCAGGAUUAAGAACGAUUUCUCAUCAUUCAAGUUCAUCUCGCUCUGCUGCAGGGCAUGACGUUCAUCCAGGUUCUCUCGUUACUCGUCAAUCUACAGAGAACCUGUCUCCGACGUCAGGGCACAGCAACGAAGUUCCGCAAGAAUAUCGUGCGGAAGUUGACCGUACCUUCUUCGAGUUCUUGAACAAUGUCUGUUCAAAUUUGGAUGCCACUGAUGCGAAAGGGGAACCAAUACAUCAAACAUUAAUGGCAAAGAAAAUGCAACGUCUAGAUGAGUCACCUGAUUUUCGACCAUUUAAAUUCCGGAUACAAGCUUUCACAAAUGCAUUUUUGGAAGAGCUGGCCAAACAAGGUUACCCAGAAGAGAAAAUUCCUAUGAAGAAGAUCCGCAAUUACCUGUGGAACCAACCGUAUAUCUCCCGCUUCAACGAGGAUGGCAAAAAGACCAAGUCCAAGGGUAAUCAUAUUUGGAACAUAGACGCAAAGAAGAACCCUGAUGGCAGUUGGACUUUCCGUCCUUUUCAUCGGAAAGUGGCUGGCUCGCCGCCUGGUGUUGCUUACGUUGGCCUUCGGUGGUCUUGGGCACCUCGUAUAUGGGAUCCACAGGCGUCGCGAUCGAACUUGAUAGUUUCGUACAAUUCGCCGUCCCUCCCAUCCUGGCUAUUUUGGGAAGACGACGUGCUGUCAGGAACGCCUCCCCCAGACGCAGAGAGCUGUGACAUCACAGUUAUAGCCCGUUAUGUUCAAGAUGGGCAAGAAGAGUUAUUGACGCAGACCUUCCAUCUCAACAUUGUGCCUGUCUCGAACCUUGACACCUCGUUCCCUGCCUCGCGUCGCGGUUCCAUGAAUGGGGAGAUGCACAAGCCACGUCGGGUGGCAAGUGAUUCCACAGUUCCUCAAACAUCUCCCAGGACAUUAAGGUCCCAACCUUCCUCUGGUCUGGUGUCACCCGUUGCCACGCGUGAUGCGCAAGUAAUCCAGGUGUUGACGUCAGCUGCUCAACGUGUCGCUCAGGAAGCUCAGUCUCAAAUAAUCUCUUCCGCGACACAAGGCGAACCAGGCCCAGAGUUGAAGGCUCUCGCGAAGCAACAGCAUGUGUUGACAAUCACCGCACAAGCAUUCGACCAGGAAGUGACGGGUCAACAACGGUCGGAGAUUGGUCCACAGGCGACCACUGUGUUAGCAGCAGCGGCACAACAGGUUGUCUUUCAGGCUGCACGCCAAGUAGUUGCGGAUCGCUCUGCCGCUGUUGCGAGUCAGAUCUCCGCGGGUUUCACUCCCUCGCCUGAUGCUGCUACACAAGUGACUGUGAAUGAAGUGUCGGUUGCUACGCAAUCAGCCGUUGCACAGGCUGUCGAGAUCACUGGACCGUUGUCCAACGAGGUUGACGUCCUGAUGACGGCAAGUUCCUUGUUGCAACAACAGAUCAGAGCUCCAGUAAGUCCAAUUUCAGCGAUGCUCGAUUCCGCUCAACGAUCAAUGUCCAUGAACUCUCUGCACUGCCACUCUGCUGGAACACUACCUCUAGUCCCAUAUCCAGCAGCCAUGACCACUCAAUCCAGUGUUCAUUACCAAUCUGCCAUGUCUAGCCUGUCAGACUUCGGCCGACUAUCAUGA